AUGGUUGCAAAGCUUGACUUUACCCAAGCCGACCUUCAUCCUGUUAGCAAACCUGCGUCCAACCCUUAUUCUUUCACAAACUCGAGUGACUUAACCAAAAAGCAUUAUUUAAGUGAAUUAGAGAAUACUUUAAGAAAGACAAAGAUUAGGAUAUCAAGUGAUGUCGAAAAAAUGAGUGUCUCCAUAUUGCCUUCACAAUCAAUCCAUAUGCAAGAUUCCGUGUCCUCUGGAUUGAAUUACAGAAACAGAAUUGACUCUGGUAGGUUAGGAAACUGCCCUUAUCCUAAGUCACAUAAUCGACUGCAGAAUUCAAGUCCUUCGAGACUACCAUACGGGAAGAAAAAGCCUGGAUAUCAACAGUCUCAAGGUUUGCCAGAUCCGUCGAAAAUCUGUCUGGAAGACUUUGCUUUGAAGAGUUCUUCAACAGGCCCCUCAUCAUUAAUGCUUAGCAAUCCCAGUGAAAAUAAAUUAUCGGAGGUUCAUUUGACGAAUACGACGAAUAGCUCUAAUACUUCUAAUGGACAAGGGAAAUCUAGUGGAAUCGAAUCCGGAAGCAACAGGGAUUCAUCCAGGAUAACUCGCGACUUUGACCAGAGUGAAAGUAACUAUCAUGAAGGAAGUGGAGCCCCAUAUGAAAAUAGCAAUGAAGAUGAUUAUGAUUUUGAUGAAAACAGCGAUGCUAGCACUAAUGAAAAUAAUAAUGAUGAUGACAAUUAUGAUGACCAAGAAAGCAAUGACGAUAAUGGUGAUGAGGGGCACGAUGAUAGCGACGAAGAUGAGGAGGACGAUGAAGACAAAGACGAGGAAGAAGAAGAAGAAGAAGAAGAAGAAGAAGAAGAAAAGGAUGAGGAUGAGGAUGACUACAGCUUCAGAAACGUCGCCUUUCGGAGUCCAAAUAACAUAUUUCGUCGUCGCUCCGGAACAAAUUUCCCUGACGAAACCGGAGACAACAUUGAUGAGCAGUCUCUUUAUAGUGAACUUAGCCGGCUUCAAAGAAGUGAUCGUUUUCGCCGCUUAGCCUCAAGUGUCCUUUCAUCUGGUAAUUUGGAAAAUGCAGAGGACGAUGACCUUGGUGCUAGCGCAUUUUCCUUUAAUCCGCUUCGUUCUUCUGUCUUUGCUCCUUCUGGUCAAUUUUCGCGUCUGUUGAGGGGAAUUAAAGAUUUUAGCGAUCCGACCAUUCAGUUACUUUCUCUCCAAGAACUUUCCGAGACUUUUGCAAUGAGCACAGAAGAUAUGUUAAUAGGAGUCUUUUCCCCAGAUGCGUUCAUCUCUGCCUUUUCAGAUAUCCUUUCUUCUGAACUCUUAGUUGGAGAAACUGCAAUCCAACUUAUGCUUACUUGUGCCACUUGCAUAUCCAACAUGAUGGAAGCCCUUCCACUUUCUAUGGCCAAAGUUGCCCAUAGUCCCAUCGUCCGCGUCCUAUGCGAAAGGAUGUUUGACAUGCAAUACAUAGAUAUAGCUGAGCAAGCUUUGGGGAUUUUCGAAAAGUUGUCUGUUGACUUUGGUAAUUGUAUACUAGAACACCGUGGUAUGCUAGCUGCUCUGCAAUACUUUGAUUUUUUUUAUACGAACGUCCAGAGAACGGCUAUUUCGCUUGCUGCUAAUUGCUGUAAGCAUAUUGACGAGUUUAAUGCCGAGUUUGCUGAGGAAGUUAUCCCUUUGUUAUCCAAUACUUUACAGUCUUCUGAUUCGGUUGUUGUAACGAAGGGUUUUGAGUGUUUGGAAAGUAUUAUCGAUUCAUUGAAUUUCUCUCCGAAUAUAAUCAAAUCACUCAUAAGCGAAGAUUUAAUUAGCACUGUCAUAAAAGCUUUGACCACGAGCACUAUGCAAAAGAAGGCCACUGAUCUUCAAGUUCAACUUUUUCACAUAAUUUCAUCAUUAUGUAUAACCUCUAGUUCUUUUAUACUACCUGUUUUAAAUCAUGGACUUCCAGAAAUUAUGUAUGAAUUAUUGUGCGGGCUUCCACCUCCAGAGACCUCGCAUCAUUCUAGUAUGGUAGCUAUGCAGAGUCUCUAUCACUGUCCUAACAGUCUCAUUAUCGCUUUAUUGCAAACUAUAAUAUCAUUUUUACCUAAAGCCCCUUUUGCCGGACAAGCAGACUUGGUAACACGAAUUCAUCGAAUGGAUAGUAUAUUACUACCAAUUGUACUUGACAUCUACUCCACCGUCCCUACACACGAAGUGAAGUUAUUAGCAGUAUCUACAGCACUUAUGAUGUUAAGGUCAAUUGAUGGUGAAGAUCUAAGGCGUCUAGUACAAAAUUUGCCUUUAUCAUCCUUCAUUGCAUCUAUUUUAUGUGCUAGAAAGGCGGACAAUUAUUCAAAACAAAACGCUUUGGAAAUGGCGAUUUACCUCCUUGAAGCCCUACCUGAUGUUUACUAUUCCCUGUUUAUAAGAGAAGGUGUCGUGCAAGAAGUUGGAUACAUAAGCCGUUCCAUAAAUUCUGAUUUAAAGAAGCUAAAGCUCAGUAUUUCAUUCUCCCAAUCCAAGUCUACUCAUCGUCAUGAAGAACUAAAGAAACUGUCAUCCAUUAAGGCGUUAUCCAAAAGUUUCUUAGGAAAUUACGAGAUUGAAAGCCUGGAGAAUCCAGUGCUUCACGAUUUAAUUGAUCUUUCGAAGCGCUUAGCUAGUGACGUUUACGUUGAAAGCUCUUGUAAAGAACUUGCAGUAGUUUUUCAAAAAACGACCAACGUCACUAGUUUUGAAUUGUUACACUCAGGAUUAAUACGUAGUUUGCUUUUGUCCAUGCGGAAACCUAAUAGUAACGCAUUAAGGUACUUUUUGUUGUCAAUGAAUAAAAGCAAAGAAACGGAGGUUUUAGAAUAUGAAGGAAGCCCGCUUAUGUCGUUCAUAUUUUGUUUACAGGAGCUUUUGUCGAGAAUUGAGAAUUUUCAAUUAACAAUUUUACCUUCUCUUUCAUAUAAUUCGUUGGAACACGUUUCGUCCAGGCAAUUUAAAGUUCGAUUAAUUGCUCUUCCCGGAUCCAACAUCCAACCCCCUUUCCGUUCAUUGAUUGUAUCAAUAAAUGGGUUAGCCACGAUUCGAGUAUUGGAAAACUAUCUAUAUACUCGAGUCCUUCAUCGGGAUGAAAGUGAGCGUCGACUGUCAUCAUUUCCUGAAAGUGACUCAUUGCAGGAGUCAGGCGACUCAACCAGGCAUGAAUCUUUUGAAAAUCCAACGGAUUUAUCUCAGAAUGAAAACAGUUCCAUUGGUUCAGGUUCUGUAAAUGAAGCUGAUUCUUCUGUACCCGGUGAACUCAAUUCUAGACAUUUUGCAUUUUGUCUUGGUAAAAAGCUUUUACUGCCAGAAACCACUAUUUUUAAAGCAUUAUUUAGUUUUAUUGAACGGUCAGAUGAACACACUAUUGAUGAUAUAUGGAAAACAACAAUUCCCCUAUAUUAUGGCGAACCCUCUUCUUAUAAGGAAGACAAUGAGACUCAGAAUUCUGUAGACGAAUCGGAAGAAAUUCCUAGCAAAAUAAAAGAAAUACUAGAAAUGUUACGUGUACUAUAUUAUGGUGUUCGUGAUUUACAGACCAUAUUUCCCGAAAAGCAUAUUCGGGGAAGUCUUGAAAACGUACUCAUGGAAUUUAGUAACUGGAAGUUGAGUGCUAAGUUAAACCGUCAAUUGGAAGAACAGUCUAUAAUUGUGCAUGGAUGUACACCUUCGUGGUGUAUUUCUUUAACUUCUGAAUAUCCAUUUUUAAUACCGUUUGAAUCACGCUAUCAACUACUGCAGUCAACAUCGCUUGGUUUACCAAGGUCAGUGGCUUUUAUAUUAUCAAGAAAUUCCAAUUUGCCCAAGAAUGAAGGCUCUUCUAUUCUUCAGUACGUAAGUUUACGUCGUCAGAAAAUUAGAAUACCAAGAAAAGAUAUGUUUAAUUAUGCUUUGCAGGUUCUAUCUAGCUAUGGAUCUUCUGAUAAGGUAUUGGAAAUAGAAUAUGAAGACGAAGUUGGUUCUGGCCUAGGCCCGACAUUGGAAUUUUACACUACUGUUUCUAGAGAGUUUACGAACACUGCCUUCGACAUCUGGAGAAAUGAGCAUAGUGAAUCACAAUAUGUUUUUCAUGCUUCUGGUUUAUUCCCUUCACCCAUAUCGACGGUGGAAGGAAGCGAUGAAAAUAAAAAAAAACUAUCGCUAUUUUCGGCAUUAGGAAAAUUCGUUGCACGUUCAAUUUAUGACUCAAGAGUCGUUAGUUUGCAAUGUAAUCCGCUGUUCUUUGCAAGGGCUAUUCCGCUUACUAUCUCGUCAGUUGCAAAGGUAGAUAAAGGUCUAGCGACUUCAUUGCGUUACUUGCAAUCCCUAACUUCUGGGGUUGGGGGCCCUAAUUUUGACGUUGAUAUAGAGAGCUUAGGCCUUGAUUUUACGCUUCCAGGGUAUUCCUCUAUAGAGCUUAUACCCAACGGAAGUACUAUUUCGGUCAACAAAAGUAAUUUGGAAGACUACAUCAAGUACAUCAUUGAUUUUACUGUUGGGAAAGGGAUUAGACGACAAAUACAAAGCUUCCAAGAAGGGUUUUCAAGCGUUUUUGCUUACUCUUCACUUCGAGUUUUAACGGAGUAUGAGCUUUCAUCGCUUUUUGGAACAAUUGAUGAAGACUGGAGUUAUGAAACGCUUCUUAAAUCGGUUGUUGCAGAUCACGGAUACACUAUCGAAAGUGCACCUAUUCAAAGGCUUUUACAACUUAUGAGUAGUAUGAACUUCCGGGAACAGAGAGAUUUCCUUCAAUUUAUAACUGGUAGUCGAAAGUUACCGAUAGGUGGUUUUGCUGGUAUGAACCCACCAUUUACAAUUGUGAGACGUUUGAAUGAACCACCAUAUAAACCCGACGAUUAUUUACCAACUGUUAUGACUUGCGUUAAUUAUUUGAAAUUACCUGAAUACUCUUCUGUGGAAGUUUUGGCUAGUCGUCUAUCAAAGGCCAUCUUAGAGGGUCAAGGUAGCUUUCAUUUGUCAUAA